GUGUCCUAUCUGUCAAAUAAACAGCAACGUCAAUCAAACAACAUUUCAAAAACGCCUAUUGCAGUGGUUUUCUAUGCCACCGCUGCAUAUUUUUAAGAAGAAAGUUAACUAAAAUAUAGCUCUAAAAUGUAUUCUGUGUUAACAAGAGGAAACGCAAUACUUACGUACACGUUAAGUGUAUUAGCAUGUCUAACCUUUCUGUGCUUUUUAUCCACAUUAACCGUGGAUUACAGGACUGCUGCACAAAUGAACACAGUAAAAGUAGUCGUUAAGAACGUGCCAGACUAUGGAGCAUCAAGGGAAAGAAAUGAUCUUGGUUUCCUCACUUUCGAUCUCAAGACGGAUCUCUCUCACCUGUUCAACUGGAACGUGAAGCAGUUGUUCCUCUACCUUACGGCUGAGUACAUCACACCAAACAAUGAAUUAAACCAGGUUGUUCUAUGGGACAAAAUUAUUCUCAGAGGGGAAAAUGCUAUCUUAGAUUUCAAGAACAUGAACACGAAGUACUACUUCUGGGAUGACGGCAAUGGUUUGAAGGGUCACAGCAACGUUACUCUAACUCUAUCGUGGAACAUCAUACCCAACGCAGGUCUGCUGCCCAACAUCCAGGCUCUCGGUCAACACUCCUUCAAGUUCCCCACAGAUUAUACUCAAACAAGAGUAUGAUCCAUAAGUUACAUUUGAAUAUUGCAGUUUGCAUAGCUGGGGGUUCAGAUAGAGUUGUGUAAUAAUAAGAUUGUCUAAUAUACUGCUUUGUCACAUCUGUGGGUUUUAUUUAUUACUUUCUUAUUAACAUUGUACAUAUUGAAACUUUAUAAUAACAACUUGUAGAAAAUCUAGAUUAACUGUGUGACCAUGACUUAAUUUUUGCCUAAUUAAAUAUUGUAUCUGUGGGAUGGACAAAAGUGAACAGUGAAGUGAACUCAGCCAGGAUUGUAACAUAAUAAAAUAUAAAAAGUGCUAAUUUAAAGAAAUAGUAGUUGUUAAUCAAUUUCCAAAAUAUGUGUAGCAUUACAUGAAUAGUUAUGGUAAAUUUGUGACUUACAUGCUUAACUAUUAAGAUUGAAAAAAAAUUUGUUAAUAAUAAAGUGAUA